AUGAUCAAAGUGAUGUUCCUUGCGGCAGUGGCUCGCCCGCGAUGGUCUGCGAAGAAUCAUUGUAUUUGGGAUGGAAAGAUCGGUGUGUGGCCGUUUGCUGUUUAUGAGCCUGCAGAGCGAUCCAGCAAGAAUCGAGCGGCUGGGACUUUGGAGCUAAAGACAUACACUGUCGAUCGCGACAUUUAUCGACAAGCGCUUUGCCGGAUGGUCAUACCGCGCAUCAAAGCGGUAUGGCCAUCAGGCAAGCGGGUCGUGCUGCAACAGGAUAACGCCAAACCGCACGUCACGGUUGAUGACCCCGAAGUGCACUCUGCGUGCUCAGCUGGCGGCUGGGAUAUGAAGCUUACCGCGCAACCAGCCAAUUCACCGGAUUUCAAUGCGAAUGAUCUCGGGUUCUUUGCUUCACUGCAGUCGUUGCAGCACAAAAUGAAAGCUAAAACUAUCGAGGAUCUAGUCAACAACGUGGACGACGCUUUCGCUAAACUCCACUACACUGCUCUCGACAAAGUUUUUCUGACGCUGCAGUCAGUACUGCAGGAGACAAUGCAUAUCGACGGAUGCAACAAGUACAAAAUCCCUCACCUCGCCAAGGACACGCUACGAACGAGCACUGGUUUGCUACCACCUUCAUUGACAUGUAGUGAUCGAGUGUACGAUAAGGCCAGACGUUUCUUAAGUUCGGUUGGGCAAAAAUAA